UCCGAGUACUGCUGCUGCUGCUGAAGCUGCGAAGCCCGUAUCCAAACCCUGGUUAUGUUAACCCACCAUGGUUACUUUAAGCCCACACUCCUUCCUUUUUAUCGUCUUUAUCGUCUCGCUGUUCCCUAUUCCCUUUUCUCCAGCCUCACCGCCCCUAUCAACUCACAGCCCAACCACUGUAGAUAGGUAGUGAGAGUGCAGUAUAGAAAAAAAAGUAGCAGUAGAGAGAGAAAGAGAGAGAGCCCCUCAAUGGCUUCUCUCCACCUCCCUCUGCUGUUCGCCUUCAUGGUUUGGUUGGCCCCGGCGGAGGGGCACAACAUAACGGCGAUUUUGGACGGGUUUCCGGAGUACUCGGUGUACAACAGCUACCUGAGCCGGACGAAGGUGUGCGACGAGAUCAACUCCCGGGAGACGGUGACGUCUCUGGUCCUCCCUAACGCCGCAAUGUCCGCCCUCGCCGCCAAGCAAUCCCUGGCCGGCAUCAAGAACGCCCUCCGCCUCCUCACCCUCCUCGACUACUUCGACCCCCAGAAGCUCCAUGAUAUCCCCCACGGCUCCACCCUCACCACCACCCUCUACCAGACCACCGGCAACGCCCCGGGCAACUCCGGCUUCGUCAACAUCACCAACCUCCGUGGCGGCCGCGUCGCCUUCUCUGCCGCCGCCCAUGGCUCCAAGCUCGACUCCUCCUACACCAAGACCGUCCGCGAGGUCCCCUACAACCUCUCUGUCCUUGAGAUAUCUGCGCCCAUCGUUUUCCCUGGCCUCCUCGACGCCCCCUCCGCCGCCUCCUCCAACCUCACCGCCCUUCUCGAGAAGGCCGGCUGCAAGACCUUCGCCUCCCUCCUCGCCUCGUCUGGCGUCCUUAAGAUCUUCCAGUCCGCCAUGGAUAAAGGCCUCACCCUCUUCGCCCCCAACGACGAGGCCUUCAAGGCCUCCGGCGUCCCCGAUCUCCACUCUCUCUCAAGCGCCGAGCUCGUCACCCUCCUCCAGUACCACGCCCUCCCCAGCUACACCCCCAAAUCUUCGCUCAAAAGCGCCAAGGGCCGGAUCGCCACCAUGGCCUCCACUGGCGCCGGCAAGUACGACUUCUCCGUCGUCUCCCGCGGCGACGACGUCUCCCUCGACACCGGCGUCGACACCUCCCGCGUCGCCAGCACUGUACUCGACGACACCCCCGUCUGCGUCCUCACCGUCGACAACCUCCUCCUCCCGUCCGAGCUAUUCGGCAGAGCGCCGGCCCCGGCGCCGGGGCCCGCGGCGCUGACGCCGUCCCCGUCUCCCCUCCCGGCCAAGGAGGCACCGGCACCGACCCCGAAGGCCAAGGCGCCCAAGCAUAGGCAUCGGUCCCCGCCGGCCCCGCCGACGUCCGCCUCCGGGUCGCCGGUGGGAUCUCCGCAGUCGGCCGCGGACAAGGUAGCGGACGAGAAGUCGGAUGCGGUGAGGCCGCUGGGGACACUGUCGGCAGCCGCGGCGGUCUCCACGUUGGUGGCGCUGGCUUCCGUCUUGUAAGCCGAGCUUUUAAUGGAAUCUUAAGUGGAUUUGAGUGGAGCGAGUGAGCGAAGAACAGUUCAUCAUCGCUUUCUUUCUCACUCACUCUUCAACUCCAUCUGUGUUCUCUCUGGUUAGCUGAUUUUCUUUUUUGUUAGUCGAGAGAUGAUGCUGUUCCUGGUUUUGUCUCGCACUUGGCAUGUUCAUGAAUUUGUUAUCUUUUUCUUUGUCUUCAUUUAUAUUUGGAUUUCUCAUUAUGAGAGCUGUCUAUUUUAAUCCAUGAUGUUGCUAGCUGAAAGGAACCGUUUCUUCUUCUA